CAUAUUUUGUCUGUGGUUUCCGCGUCCCUGCCCGCUAUUUCGUGUUAUAGAGGAAUUUUUGUUUUCCAAAUAUAAAAUCUCUUAAAUUCUGAUAACGGAUAAACUAAAGACAAAUUUUAAACAUUCCUAAUAUCAUAAACUACUUAUAUCUAUGAUUUCACAUAAAUAACCAAAGAAGUGAUAAAUAUUUAACCUAAACUUAGUUCUUGGUGCGUGGUGAUAUAAUGGUGAGAGGUGCCGGUCGUGGAGGCCGUGGUAUGCCUGGAAGAGGCGGGAUGGGGCGUCCGCCCUUCAACAGACCAAGAUUGUUGAUGCUGAGGCCGCCUUUCGACUUGGUGUUAGCCGAGCCUGCGUUUCCCAGAUGCAAACCAGCUCCCGAUGAUUCCGCUUUGACUCAGGCCCUACUCAAAAGACAUGCAGAAUUAUGUCCCACCCCAGCAGAGCAGGCAGCAGUACUCAGUCUAGUCACAAAACUGCAGACAGUCCUCGACAAUCUGGUGGUGGCUCCAGGAGAUUUUGCAGCUUGUCAAUUGGAGGAGGUGCGUCAAGUUGGCUCAUACAAAAAGGGUACCAUGAUGGCAGGAAAGAAUGUAGCUGAUAUUGUAGUCAUCAUGAAGACCCUGCCAACCAAGGAAGCUGUUGAGGGCCUCUCCAAUAAGGUGAAUGAGGAAGUGAACAAGUUGAUGCGCGCGGAGGGCGGCGGCGCAGUAGUGAGCGCAUGCCACGAGCGCGGCUGCACUGUGACGGGCGCCGCUGCCGCCGUGCGCCUGCUUGUCACCACGCUGCACCAGAACCUGCGCAAACUGGAGCCCGACGUACAUUUGGACUAUAAAAUAAUCAGUAGCCACUUGGCCGCAAUUCGUCACAGCAGAUGGUUUGAGGAGAAUGCUCAUCAUUCCUCUAUUAAGGUACUGAUCCGUUUGUUGCGCGACAUGUGCUCGCGGCACGCUGGUCUGGAGCCGUUGACGCCUUGGAUGAUCGACCUGCUGGCGCACCACUGCAUUAUGAACAACCCAGCGCGGCAAGCGCUGCCCAUCAACGCAGCGUUCCGUCGUGCAUUGUCGCUAGUGGCGGGCGGGCUGUUCCUGCCGGGCUGUGCGGGGCUGCCCGACCCGUGCGAGGCAGCGCACGCGCGCGCACACACACAACUCGAUCUGGCCGCGCAGGACCUCGCCGCCGCCACCGCACAGACUUUGCUGCGCGUGGUGGCACGUGGCGGACACCGCUACGUGCUGGGCCUGCAGCCUUUCGAGGGCGGCAAGGACAUCUCCACGGAGAUCACCGUGUGGGACGGCGUCGUGGUGUCUCCACUCGCGCCCGCCUACCAAGAGACGCCGGAACCCAUGGACACCGAUGAUAAAGAUGAUGAAGGUGCUCAGGACGGCGUCGCAGCUUAGAAUUUAAUUGUCAAUAAGAUCUUUUAUACACCUAAUAAGUAAUAAAAUGUUUAUAUUUAACUUUCAA